CAAAGUCUGUUGUAGCGCAGGCUCCGAAGCCCCAACUGGGUCAUUCACUAAUCUAGACUAGGAAGAUGCUCCAUCUCCGCAGUUAAUUUCAGCAUAGUCUCCGCGUGGGGGUGAAAAGUGUAUUUUAGCGUAAACGGUGUAAUCAAAGUGAGAGGCGAGGUCCAAGGAGGGGCUGUCUACCUUUUGCGCCCUUGCUGAAGAAAGGGCCAGGGAGACGGGGCGCCAGGGGCUCGGCUCUCCUCUCCUGGAGUGGGUGGGCCAGUGGGGAAAGCUCCUGUGUGUGUCCGAAGUUUGGGUUCAGGGUGGGGCGGGGGCAGGAGUGGAGUCAACUUGGGCGGACUCGGCGGCGGCGGCGUUUCUCCGCCCUGGGGAGGUGCAGCAGCAAACCUGUGGCAGGUACAAGAAGUGCCGGGAGGGCGGCGGAGGGAAAGGAAGCUCCGAGCAGCGCGACGAGGAGAAGAGACGGCUGUGGAGCCCUUCGGACUCGGGGGCCACCAUGGGGGAGACUUUCCUGCGCUCCCCGCUGCGGACUCCGCGUGGCCGCUUCCUGGUGUCGCUGCCCCCGCGGGGCGAGUUCCUGCUGGGCACUCCCGAGCUCGUGGGCCAGACGAGCGACCAGGGAUUCUGCAUUCCUGUCCAGGAGAUGGUUGCUGUAAGGCUUGGAGCAGCUAGUGAGGCAAAGCAGGUCUUGGACCCUAGGGGGGAUGAAAAUUGCUUCACAGUGUUCUUUGUGCGGCGGGAGAAGCAGGAGCGCUGGAGCCUGGGGUCGCUGGAAUUCACGACUCCACCCCAGUCUCGAAUGGCGAUACGCUGGGUUAACGCCCUACAGACCUGGAUUUGUCACCAUGGAGUCACACGGCCCAAGAGCCUCCUUGUCUUCAUCAACCCGGCUGGGGGCCGCAAACGGGCAAUGGAGAUCUACCAAGACCAGGUGGCCUCACUCUUUGCUCUAGCUGGCAUUCAUGUUCAUGUUGUGGAGACCUGCCGCGCAGAUGAGGCUCGUGACUACAUCAUGCAGCAAGACCUCUGCAGCUUUGAUGGGCUGGUGAGUGUAGGAGGUGAUGGCACCUUCAAUGAGCUGAUGCAUGCUUUGAUUGACCGGACGCAGCAGAAGGCAGGGCGCUUGGAGGGUGACGUGGACAUGGAGCUCCUGGCCCCUAGGCUUCGGAUUGGCAUCAUACCUGCAGGUUCUACGGACUGUAUCUGUUUUGCCACUGUGGGAAUAAACGACCCCAUCACCUCUGCACUGCACAUCAUUAUAGGGGACAGCCAGCCCCUGGAUGUCUGCAGCAUUAGGCACAAUGGGAAACGUCUGCGCUAUUCGGUUUCCCUGAUUGGUUAUGGCUUCUAUGGUGAUGUGGUGAGUGCCAGCGAGAGGUAUCGUUGGAUGGGGCCAGUGCGAUAUACCUAUGCAGGAGCCAAGGCGGUGCUUGGCAACCAAAGCUACAAAGGCACAGUGGAGUUCCAAGUGGCAGGCACAGAGGCGGCCAAUCCACGAGACCAGACGCGCUGCCGGUCAGGUUGCCUGGUUUGUUCAGAAUCUAGUAAACAUCUGCUGGCUCAAUGCGAGGAAGAGAAGCUAUCGGAGCCAGAGGGUGAAUGGCAGAAGGUUCAAGGCCGUUUCCUUGCUGUCAACGUGACCUGCAUGAGCAGUGCCUGCCCAAAGAGUCCAGAGGGUCUUUCGCCCUGUGCCCAUCUAGCAGAUGGAACUGCUGACCUCAUCCUGGUGCACGAAUGCUCCAUGUUUUCGUUCCUGCGACACUUGAAUCGGCACACCAAUUGCUCAGACCAGUUUGACCUGCCCUUUGUGAGCGUGCACCGUGUCCGGGCUGUUCGUUUCACAUCGGCAAAACUAGAAGACUAUGAGGACGGAGAGCCAGCUGUGCAAGAACGGAAGGGGCUCUGCGGGGGAAUCUGCCAGCAAGAAGAACCCGUCAGCUGCUGGAGCUGCGACGGCGAGACAUUAAGCCAUACCGACAUCAGCAUCAGAGUGCAUGGACGGCUCAUCCAUCUCUUUGCCCGGGGCAUCGAGCAAGUGCCCAUGGGAGGCUCCUGCUGACACAAGAGACUGGGCAGGAGGACAGAACAUUGUUGUGGUCACUGCCAAGCACAUGUCCAGGUUGGCAUGGCUCUUUCCAGAAGUCCAGCUCCCAAGGGAGCGUGUUCGAGAACUGCUCCUUUCCCCCGUGGAUUUGCAACACGUGACUCAUCUUGGGCAUGGGUAAGGCUGUUGUCUUUAGCCGAGAGGAGCCGCCCGGGGGUCUAUGCCUGCUGAGUAGGCCCCAAGCCCCAGCCUCACCCCCACCUUGCCCUUCAGGCCAGCCACCAUCAUACCACAUUGGAGCUCAGUUGCCCGAGUACAUGAAGACUUAACCAAGUCUUCAAAAUAAAUGACCUGCUGCUGUUGGGUUUGUAGACAGAAAUAGACUCGAGGCCCUUCAAGUUUCGCCUUGCCCCAAAAGAAACACAAAGACCAAGGAGUCUCCUUGUAGAUAUUUCCAUUUACAGAACAGCGUCAUGUACAAAACCCAGAAGCAGAUUGGGCAGGAAUGUGAACAAGUAGUGCAGCAAAAGCAGAACUAGUGCAAUCGACAGAGCAGCAUUGUAAGUGGCAACCGGGGGUGGGUGGGGGUGCCUUAAGAGGAGACCCCCUGCAGCCUCCCUGCCACCAGGAGAGGCUUUGCCCUAGAAAGGGGCAGAAGUGGGAAUGAGACCUCUAGUCCACCUGCUACCAGCGCUAUAGGAAGAGCAAAGCUAGGAAGUCACCUGCUAGCCAAGGCCCAUGCUAAGGGCAAUGGAGAGGAUCGCCAGCCCCACACUGAAGACCAGAGCAUGCUUGGGAGUGUCCCUAGGAUGAAGCCGCUAGAAAAGAUGCUUCCACUCUUCAAACGCAUCAGCCAGCCUGGCCAGCUCAGUCUCCCUGCAGAGAGCAGAGCAGAGCAGCGGUUGCCACUCUGAAUGAGGCCUCCAGGGCCUGUUCACAGCUUGUGCGGGUUCACCCAGCGGUAGGUGCCUUCGUACUGGAACCCCACCCUCUUCAUCAGCUCAUCUGCCUCUGCUGGGCCACGGCUAGAAAAGAAAAAGAGGGCCCAUUUCUGUUAGCAGUUCUGCAAGUGUGGGCUGGGCUGGGGGAGCCUCUUCGGGCAGCUGUUUCUGGGGCCAAGUUUUUCUGCAGGCUCAGACCAGUUAUGAUAUCGUUUUCCAGGCCCCAACUGUUAUAUGCUGUGCAGCAUAAUAGUAGCACUUUAAAUAAACCAAGAGUUGGCCAGGAUGCUAUUCUCUCAUGCUUAAUUUCAACUACUAUUGUGUUCUACAUUCUGCGAGAGCAAAGGUGGAGAAAUCAAGAAGGGCAGCAAGCAGUGCUCUCUCUCCAAGAUGUUUAGGUAGCACCCCUAGAACUCUGGCAUUACAGGCAGUGGCCUUACUUGCCUGUAGUAUUUGGUCAUCUCUGCUUCCAAGCCUGUUUAAAUUCUCAACUUCUCUGCUAUAUUUUUGACCGGAGUUCUAGGGGAAUGCACUGCCACAGUGAGCGAACUGCCCAUUCAAGUUCUCUCACUUGGUAGGACAAACAAGGCCAGGACCACCCCCUGGUCAACAUUCCACGCAAGGUCUAGGCCCAAGCCCAUUUGGGAGGUUAGCCUGUCAGCUAAGAGACCACUGCUCAGUAACUGAGGAGUCCAGGGGGAGAAAGGCUGUUCGAAAAGGGCAAUCCUUAGAUGUGAGUGUCAAAGGUCCCAGGAAAGCUUCAGAAUGGUUUGAACAGGCCUCUUGCCUGCUUUUCUGAGACAUUAUUGCCACCAGUCCCUCCCACCAAACUGUAUGUGGGUUAUAAAGAAAUGUCAGCCCUAAAUAUCUUCCAACCUCACCUGCCGUAGCAAUAUGGAAUGGGCUUGGUCUUUUCUGCCUCGAUCUUGUGGAGCAGUGGAGUGAAGAUACGCCAGGCCUCACGCAGCUCAUCACUGAGAGAAGGACAACAAGAAUGUCAGCCAGGAGAUUGUACAACCCUGAAGAGGGUGCUGCCACAUCAGGGAGGGAUGACUACCAAUCAGCUCUAGGUGCUGACUGCCAAAUCAAGAGCCAGCGUGGUGUAGCGGUUAGAGUGCUGGACUAGGACCGGGGAGACCCAAGUUCAAAUCCCCAUUCAGCCAUGAUACUAGCUGGGUGACUCUGGGCCAGUCGCUUCUCUCUCAGCCUAACCUACUUCACAGGGUUGUUGUGAGGAGAAACCUAAGUAUGUAGUACACCGCUCUGGGCUCCUUGGAGGAAGAGCAGGAUAUAAAUGUAAAAAUAAAUAAAUAUAAAUAAAUAAAUAAAUCUCAGCAGCCAUA